AGCAGCGCACCGCCAAAUUGGAAGCAGCACACAGGAAGAUAGUAACAAUGUCUAAAUCAAACACAAAUAAUUAUGGCACAAAUAAUUAUGGACGAUAUUAACAUAUAAAAGCUGACGCAAUUUCCACUCGCAGCACAUUUGCGCCCUAAGCACCAACGCUAUCACAUGGAGCGGUCAGUAAAUAUUUCGAAAUUACAGCAAAAACAGUACAACAAUUAGUACAAGCACGAAAACACAGAGAUCUCAUACGAUAUAGUUACAUAUGUAUGUGUGUACGAAGUACGAAUGCGCAUAUGAGCAAGAACAAGCGGAAAUCAUGAACUCUUUCGAUGUGCUGGUGAAAUUUCUAUUGGCGCUUUUAUCCAUUAGCCCCACAUAUCCACAAAUUGGAACCUUCGCUGCUCCAGUCACGGCGACCCACGACCAUUGGAAGUUGAUAGCGCGCGCCGGUUGGAGUGCACGUCCGCCCAAAGAGCGCAAAUCCUUUGUCGGUCCUGCACCUUUCGUUAUCAUUCACCACUCGUACCAGCCAGGCGUUGCACAGACGACAGACGAUUGUCGAGUGGCGAUGCAACAGAUGCAGGACUCUCACAUGGAUGAGCGGCAUUGGGCGGACAUUGGCUACAGUUUCGCCCUUUGUGGUGAUGGCAAUGUGUACGAGGGUCGCGGCUAUGAAGUGGUUGCAGCCCACGCGCCACUAUACAACAAUCGCAGCAUUGGACUAUUGCUAAUUGGAGAUUUUACCGACCAACUGCCACCGGCGCCAAUGAUGAAGGUGGCGCAGAAUUUUAUAAAAUACUCGCUCGAAGCUGGUCACUUGCUUGAGGACUACAUUUUGUAUGGGCAUCGACAGGUGCGCAAUGGCACUGUCUGUCCGGGCGAUGCGCUUUAUGCAGAGAUACAAAAUUGGCCACACUGGCAAAAUGAUGUGGAGGUUAAAGCGUAUCCGCCCGUGUACGUACCUGCGCGUGUGGAUGUGGUUGUGACAGAGAAACCAUAAAAAGGAGGAGGAGGAGUGGAAAGAAGGUAUUGCUUUCAGCCUGCAGUAUUAAAUAAAAUGUACAAAUUAAUAGAAAAAAUUCAAUUUCACAAUUUUUAUAAUAUUUUUGUUUUUCUCGCGAGCAAAU